AUGGCAUCAAAAACAGCAAGCCAGGCGCCAGACGCAGCUUUCGAGCACGCGGGCCACGCUCUUGACGAUGCUCAGAGUAGUAGGGACGACUCUUUGGAAGGCAUCGCCAAUCGUAUACCAAGACUACGAGAUUCGCAAGAUCCUCUGAAGCUGACUCCGCUUAGAGCGCACUACCUGAAGAAGACCUUGGUACAGCUGCAGGCAGAGAGAGAAAUCAAGAGCCUCAGUCAGAAAGGUCAGUGUGCUGCCGUGAGCGCAUCGGCAACCAGCGAGUCAGAAGCAACGCUGAGCAUCACUUCUGGUCCUCAUUUGCAGAUGCGCUCUCCUCCUUUGGGCCUCCCUUCUCGCCCUCUGCCGCUGUGUCGCGAGCCGACGUUCCCAUCCUCCGCUUCCUCUUCCACCACUUCGUCGUCACGUUCCCUUUCCUGCGAUCCGCACCCGCCAACUUCUGGCCCGAGAAGGUACAAGUAUUUGUGACUCGCUUUCUUGAGCGCAACAUCAGCGGCAUGACUCCAGAAGAGGGAGAAGUCAGCAAGCGCAAGAGGCUCAGCAACAAGAUCGCGAAAUGGGUCACGUUACUUGUUGGAGCGGCAGUGCACGUGCAAGGCGUGCAGGAAGAGGUUUUGACCAUCGCACCGCAGGACCGGGAGAGGAUGGCGGCGGCUCAAGCCAGGAUGAAGGCUGCUCUAGCCGGUCUCGCGAGCGAGCAGGCCGGCUUUGACGUGAAUGUCGUUGGUGUCAGAACAGUCAAAACCAAGCCUUCCAGACUGGCUCGCAGCAAAAUUCACGACGAGUUUCUGAUUCGAACACGACGCCAAGACUUUCCCGAUGUAUUUGUCAGUCGCCGUUAUGGCGACUUUGCAAGGCUUGCCGAUACUUUGAAGCUGGAGUUCCCCGGAGAAGACAUUGGAAGACCGCCAGCAAAGGACAGAAGAGGGACGCAAUUUGCGGGCACUGUCGGAGGCAGUCAAUUCAACGAUGGGGAUGCUGUGAUUGAUAAUUCUCCGCAGCUUGGUGGAUUGAAUCUUGAAGACAUACCCAGCCAUUCGCAGCCUAGACAACGGACGCUGAGCUCUGGAGCAGGGCUCUCCUCACGAGCAGCUGCGCACGCAGCUACUCGCGGACACGGAUCCAGUGAUCGAGCUCGGGACGAUAGCGAAGUGCCGCCUCCUCUUCCCGGCCAGAUCACACAGCCCUUCAGCCGGCCAGCGGCGGCCUCAGCGGCUCCGCUCGCUAGAGAGAAGAACCGGCUCACCCUUCGAGCGUAUGUGCGCUCCCUCUUGGCCAUUCCUUCUGUUGCAGACUCUGCAGCUUUAUCCUCCUUCUUGCUCGAGGAUGCGACGACCCUAUCCUCUGCAGAGGUUGAGGAUGUGGCAGCUAGAGAGGCUCUGGACGCUGUGCGCGAAGAUGAGGCAGGCAGAUUUGCCAGUGAAGCCAGCCGCAGGAUAUCAGAGCUACGCGAGCACAUCUCAGCUUUCAAGUCCGAUCUUGUGCAACGCGACGGUCUUACUCGAGUUUUUAGCACCAUCAAGCACACGCCAAAUAUUGAGGAACUGCCUGAAAGCUAUCGAGCUUUGCUUUCUUGGGGCCGUAUAAGUGCUGCCAGCACCCUCUUCCAUUUGUUCAUGGGCACCGACACAUCAUCGGACCUCUUCGCUCAGCUGAAACGCAUCCACGGUCUGAUGCCAUACUUCAUGCUGAGGGGCAUUCUGCGCAUCUCCAAUCCAGUAUCGAUGAUCCGAUCGGUCAUCGACUUAUUCCUGGCUCAACCUUUUGGACAGAGGAGCCUACUUCAGCGUAUGUUUACAAGCAGCAUGCAAGAAGAGGUUAGAGAGCUGGAACGCAUGUUGAUGGCCGUCAAAGGCAAAAUAGAGGACGAAGACUUGUGCGAGAGGGUCAAGGCAUUCGUCAAUGCGCCAGUAGAAUAUCAAAGAGCUCUGAAGGCUCAAGCCAAGACAGAGAGGCUCGAUAUUCUCACGUGCAUCCUGAGGUCUCCGCCAGCAGGUACCGCACCUUUGACGAGGCCUCAAAUCACGCGAGUGGUGAGGGCAAGCAGAGCCUAUGAGGUUUAUAAGCAGUAUCGUGCGAAUCUGGGUCGCGGCGAGGAAGAUCAGGGCCCUGAUGCCGUGGCGCCGGACGCCUGGCUUUACGAAGAUUUGCACAUCUACUUGCGAUGCUUGACCCGCCUUCGCGACAAAGAACAAAUGAUUAGCUUGAUCUUUGAAGUGAGUCAAAUGGUGUGUUCCGCACACGACAGCGCGCUCACACGCAGCUGACUCGAUCUUGCAAAUGUCAGGGCGUCACUUCCGAACUGCUCAAGGAUAUUGUCACCAUCUUCUACUCGCCUCUAGCUCAAGUCUACAAGGCUGCCAACAUCGCUGACAGCUUGUCUGAUCUGCAAGCCUUCAUCAACGACCUGAUCCGCACUGUUGAGAGCCACGAGGAAUGUGAGUCUCUUAAUUUUUGCCUGUUGGUCUAGUCGCGCUGAUGAAGAACACAUUGCGACACCAGUGAGCUACGUAGACCCUCAACGCACGGUGCAGGUUUUCAUCGACCUGGUAGGCCGGCAUGAAGGGCGUUUCUAUCACUUUGUGCACGAAGUACAUUCGAAGGGCUCUGGCCUCUUUGAUGGUCUCAUGCACUGGAUCGAGCUGUUCAUCAACUUUGUUCGCGGACCUGACGAGGAGCCGAAUGGCAGUGCCUCCGCAAAGGGAGAGAGAGUCAUCGAUUUGACCACUCCAAAAGCCUACCAGCAAAGUUUCCAGCCUCAACAGCCAAAAGGUACUCUAACACGGCGCGGCGUUGGACAGGUGGAUUUAGAGAUCUGCAUGCCUGCAGGCGGCGCAGAGCGACGCGCUGCUUUGGCCGAGAUCGAUGCCAUCGUCGUACACGCCUAUAGAAUCAAGAUGGUUCGUGAGCUGAAGCUAAGGCGCAGACUCGCCAACAAGGAAGUAGAAUGUGCAGCCACCAAGUUAAUGGGUGCAGGUGGCGGUGAUCUCGGAAGCGCUGCAAGCUCCGGGUUCGUUGACGAUGAUCAAGCAUUCGUCGCAGCCAUGGUGGACAAUUUGGGCGUGGGCAAUACCUUCACAGGCGAGAUUGAAGAGAUCGAAGCGGAAGUGGAGUUUGACGAUGGGGAUAGUGAAGGUGGCGAAGACGAAGAUGAAGACGACGAGGAAGAGGAACAGUGGUACGAGUCGCGUGAGGCCAGGAGGGCAAGUAGCGAGACAAGCGACAGUGACACCGCCCCGUCUUCAAGUCGUACAUCUGAGGAUAGAUCCGCUCUUUCCGAUGCGAUUGGUCGAACAUCACGAUCAAGCAACUCAACGACAGCCACCUCGGUAGAGCAGCCUUCAAUCAGCGCACAGGCGAGCAAGUGGAGACCUCCAGCGCCUGGUCGUAGUGUGUCUCAAUUGACAGCAAGGCCAGCAGACAAAGACCUGCCACCACUGCCGCCUGCACCUAUGACCUCGGAGCCCUCGGCGCCUGACGGUCCUUCAGCAGCUUUGACCCGAGCGAGCAAGAAAGCGAAGCCACCUCGAGCUCCUGAGCUCAAGAUCUUGCCGGACAUGGUCCCGCUGUUCACCGAGAUGGUGAGUGCCAUGCAUAUGAUGACUGCCGAGCGCGCACAGCUUUCCGAAGCCGACUAGGUUCGUCUGACUUGUGUGCGUCCUGUCGCAGGUACGUCCUCUUCUGCGUCCUGCCAGAAGCCUCUCAAGCGAUUCUUUGCAGAGUCCAAUCAAUCCAUCAACAGGCUCAGCAGGAUCGAGCAGCAGGACUUUCAGUGAUAGUCUGCCGCCACACGCCCGUCAAACUUCGGACUCCGAAAGUCAGCAGGCUGGCUGGGGGUCCUCGACGUGGGGCUGGAUCACCGGUUCCGCGCCGCAAGCUCCUUCUAGUGAAGGUUCUCGUCCUCAAAGUGGCCAGCGCAUAGAUGCGGGCCCAGAGUACAGCAGCAGAGCACCUGGACCGGCUUCGCCGUCAAGAAGAGGUGAGCCUCAGGCUUACUCGAGGUCAAGAGAAUCGUCUGCGCCAGGCACGCAGCCGUAUGUGCCACGCGCACGGAGAGACCCCGGUGGCGGAGGACGAUGA